AGAAAUCUGCUGAAUGUGGCAACGCUGUUACCAAAUAAACACAACUGUCCAACUCGACAUUCAAUUGUCAAAUAUUCUUCUUCUUUUCAAUUAGCCUUGUACCACAUAUAUUAGCGAUCCACAUUAUGUGUCGCCAUCUCUAAUUCCGGAAGCUCACUAUAUAUAUGGAACCAAUUUUUUCCAUUGAGUUCGCAGGGCAUGUAUAUUAUUUAUCUAUGACUUUAUUCUUGAUUUAGUUUUAAAUUAAACCAUUAAACCAAAAGCAUAAAUAAUUAUUACUCUGUCGUUCUGCAGAGCAAGAAUGUUCGAUUAUUAAUAAAAAAAACAAUAAGAUUACUGUAAAAGUUUUAUUGUUUUAAGUUAAGUAAAUGUUAUAGUUGAAUCCCGAAUAAAUUAAAAUGAGGAAACGAGUUGAUUUACCCAAUAACUGGAAUGAUGAUUCUCCCAAUUAUUCCGAAAAAAUAAGGAAUAAUAUUCACAGUUUACCAUUCUAUUUUGGUAUUGUAACCGUAAUAUACCUUUUGUUGUUGACUGGAGCUGUUUAUUAUAUUGAUAAAAAUUUACCGACUGCACUGAAUGUACAAGACGAGAAAACCCAUCCUGAUUCAUUUAUUGCUGAAAGAGCAAUUAAUGAUUUGGAAGUUCUUACUAAUAUAGGACCAAGAGUAGUUGGAUCAUACGAAAAUGAAGUAUUGGCAACUGAUUUUUUAAAACGGGAAAUUGAGCAGAUUAAACUUAAUGCAAAUGCCAAUCAAAAAUUAGAAUUAGAUAUACAAUUAGCUAGUGGAUCAUACUAUGUUAAUCUGUUGAAAACUGACAAUAUCAAUAUUUAUACGAAGAUAAAAAAUAUUGUGGUCAAAAUACAUGGUGUUAAUGAGACUGACACUGCUGUUUUAAUUAAUUCUCAUUUUGACUCUGUACCUACAAGUCCAGGGGGAAGUGACGAUGGUAUAAAUGUCGUGGCAAUGUUAGAAGUCCUAAGGAAACUUUCUAAAUCUCCCCAAAGACCUCUUCACAAUAUAAUUUUCCUCUUCAACGGAGCUGAAGAGACGGUGCUUCAAGCCGCCCAUGGUUUUAUAACACAGCAUAAAUGGGCUAAGGAGUGCAAAGUUAUUUUAAAUUUAGAAGCGUGCGGAGCAGGAGGAAAGAUCACUUUGUUCCAAACAGGACCUGGAGCUCCUUGGUUAGUACAUGUUUACAAGCAUGUGCCGCAUCCGUCUGGUCGAGUUGCAGGAGAGGAAAUAUUUCAGUCUGGAAUGAUCCCAUCAGAUACGGACUUCCGGAUUUUUAGAGAUUUUGGAAAACUUGUAGGUAUGGAUAUGGCUUUCUACAAAUAUGGAUAUAGGUAUCAUACAAAGUACGAUGAUUUCAAAAACAUACCCGCUGGCUCCUAUCAACAAGUGGGUGAUAAUACUCUUCAUCUAGUCAAAGCCCUUGCCAAUGCACCAGAACUCUUUCAUAACUUGCAAACUGGUGAAAAGGUGGUGUACUACGACGUAUUUGGAUUGUUUAUGAUGGUGUAUUCUGUGACCGCUGCUACGAUAAUUAAUAGUGCCAUUGUGUUUUUAUCAGGCUUCGUAUUUGUAUGGAGCAUAUUCGAUUUUAAACUAGAUCCAGUUUUUGCUUCAACAGGUAUUUUCAGAUCAAUUAAAUAUUUAGCUAUCGUAGUAGGUAGCAUUAUUGGAGGAUGGAUUUUAUCGUUUUUGUUUGUAGCUCUAUUAACGUUUUUAUUAGACUGUGUGAAUUACUCAAUGAGUUGGUACGGUACUCCAGUCUUAAUCAUAGGUCUCUUUGCCGUUCCAACGAUUGCUAUUACUGGCCACAUUCUAUCAUUUGUAAAUCAUGAGAAAUUAUCUUUAAAUAUCAGACUUCAAGUUCAGGCACACUUAGUGAGGUUAAUAUGGACAGUAAUAUUAUUAGUAGGGACUGCUUUGAAAAUCAGGUCCAUGUAUCCCUUAACAAUCCUUAUAUCAUUCAGUACUUUAGCAUUUUUAUUAAUCCAUUUGCUUCGUUUGCACCGUAGUGUGAGAAUCUGGCAAAUCAUUUACUUGAUUUGUUUAAUCAUUCCUACAUGUUACGUCAUGUAUGAAUUAUUCGCAACCUAUUACAUGUUUAUUCCUUUAACUGGUCGUAUUGGAUCUGAUAAAAAUCCAGACCUAAUCAUAGGAUCCAUGACAGUUUUGGGUACAUUAUUGAUAACAAGCUCCUAUGUUGCACUUUCUAAUGUUCUGAGACAAGGCAAAUAUUACUUCAUAUGUUUAUGGUUAGUAUUUUUGGCAAGCUUAGUGAUUGUUUUUACUCCUUGGGGUUUUCCAUAUAGCGGAGACUGGUCGAAUCCUACUCCACAGCGAUUUUGGAUGACGCAUGCUCAAAGAGUAUUUUACAACGAGACUGGAAACUUAGUAAAGACUGAAGGUGGAAUAUUCAUGUUAAAUAUGGACAGAAAUUCACCAAAUAGCGUUAAAAGUUACGUAAAAGACUUAUCCAAAGCCAAACCUCUAAAAGAAGACUGUGAUAGAUAUAUACUCUGUGGUUUGCCAUUAUCUCAUGUCAAAAUGACUCAAAUUAUGGAAUAUAGUAGCUGGAUUCCUGCCAAUCAGCCAAAACUACCAUUCGCCUCUAAAUUUGUUGUGAAUUUAAAAAAACAGUUGUCACCUACAGUAGUAAGAUAUAACGUCAGUAUGACAGGACCGGACAGACAGUAUGUAUUCAUGGUUCCUAAGGAAGGUAUGAAAAUGGUCAACAUAAGUCUUCUAGAGAAAGUACCAAAGUUUAUUAAUUCAUUUCAUGGAAGACCACUCGUGUUCCUAAACUCUGUAGCAGGAGAGAGCCCGACGACUCUCACGAUUACAUUUGAUAUGGAAGUUCCAGAAAAUUAUGAAGGUCCUACUAUGGAUAUAGCGAUAAGUUCUAUAUUUGUCCAUUCAAAAACAGCAAUUAAAACACCGUACUACCAACAGUUCCUUCAACAGUUUCCAGAUUGGGCUGAUCUAACAGCGUGGAUAGGUUCCUAUGCAGCUUAUGUUGCUUAAUAUUAAUUCAUGUGAAUAUACUCUUUCUUUCAUAAUUUUUAUAUCUCAGGCUAUUAAAUUAACGAACUAUUUGCUUUUAUUAUUUUCGUACAUUUUUGAGAGUUAUUGUAUUAGCAAAUUUAUAAUCAUUUUAUGUCUUAACCCCUAGCGACCCUUAUUGACCUAGCUCUGUGUGUUUUACACAUUCGAACGCUUUCUUUUAAUCAAUGAAGCAUGGGAAAACGUCUUUGCGCUGAUAUCUGCAUGUUUGACGCAAUUCGGUCAAACUGAAGAGGCUUCAUGUGUGCUGAAGCCUUGCCUGAAUCCAAACUGAAUAGGGAAAUGUGUAUUACACAUAUAUUAUAAAUUAUUUUUACUAACUUCAAGAACAGUUUUCGGGCCUGAAUGAAUAGACUGAUUAGUCUGAACUGGGAUUUCGCUGUCAUAGAAUUUGUUGAAUAUUUCUACCAUCCAUAUUCUCGUCAUUUAGCAGCUUUAUUACUUCUAUGUAUAUUUCAUCUGGUCCUGUUGCCUUUCCUUUCUUAUUUUGUUUUAUUACCUUCUGGAAUUCUGAUUUAAGUUGAAGGUUCGAUUUUAUUAUUUUCGUCUGCAAGAUUUCGCUUGUUAUUCUGCAUAGAGUUGUUGGAUAUAUGCUUUCCAGUGAUGAAAAAGUGUCUUAACGUCAGAGAUAUAUAUUUUUCACUAGCAUAUCAAAAGUAUAUAGUUGUGAAAAAUAUAGACAGCGGUGGAAAAGGCUAUAAAAGAUGGUUAUUACGAAAUUAUUAGUCUGCAAAGCGUUUCUAAUUCAUUUGAAUAUGGAAUAAAUCUAUGCAUCAGCAAAUUGAUAUUUUCUGUAAUUACUAGUUCUAUUCAUAUUUCAUAUCCUUAAAGAUGUUUAUUCAUUUUUGUUUCUAUUAGUUUACUAUCUGAGUAUAAGGGUACACGACAAUUAGACCGAAAGCAGUAGACCGAACUCAUUGGACCGAAAAGCACUUUACCGAAACCUCACUAGACCGAACAGCAUUAGACCGAAAUGGUACAUACGUUAAAACAGAUUGCAGUAAAUUGUAUAUCUGUCUUUUUGUUUAUUGUAUUUUUUUGUAUUAUUUUAUAAAUAGACUGUGUAAAUUGUUACUUUGUACAGUUUGAUAUGAAAUAAUUUUCAUCCAAACAAAUUAGUGAAGGUAAAAAUAAAUUAAGGGUAGAGUGACGUUAACCCCAUUUUAACUGUUUCUAAUAACAUUUAAUUUUUAGUAUUGUACAUAAUAAAUAAAAAAUAAACCAAAAACAAAAAAACAAAGUAAAAAAACAACCUCUAAACUCGCCAGUACUUUGUGCUGCCAGUCCUAUGCCUGGAUAAAGGGUUAAGGGAGGUUGAUGUUACCCUUGGCCAGAUUACAAUUCUGUUUGAGCUAUGUACCUAAUACUUCUACUUCUAAUUCUGUAUUAUGUACCUAAUACCUUUCGGUCUCCUGCUUUUCGGUCUCCUACUUUUCGGUCUCCUACUGUUCGGUCUAGUGAGGUUUCGGUAAAGUGCUUUUCGGUCUAAUGAUUUCGGUCUCUUUACAGUAAACCGAGCAUAAGGAUCUAUUUUUCGUUGGAAUUUUUCCAGGCUGGACAGUUGAUUCCCAUUGCACAUUCUAAAAUUCCCUCAUCUUCUUUUUGCUCCAGCAUCCGUUCGGCUUGCAUUUUUAGAAGCCACGGAGAUGUAACCACAAAAAUGGUCCCAAUAAGGUUUUUAAUGUAAUAUUAUUUUAUAUUUUAAUAGAUUGAAAACUUUAACUUGUUUCUAGCAGAUGUCGCUAGGUCACCCAUGUCAUUUCGUUAGUUGUAAUUUGAGGCUAGUAGGCCUGAAUUAUUUUAGUUUGUUCAGAGAUAUCUACAUAUAUGCAUUAUCUGAUGAUAAACUAAUAAGUAUUGAAACCGGUCAGAGUGCUUGUAGCGCUCUCUGAACGAACUGAAAUAUAAGACAAUAAAACGGCUUUCAUUUUUAAUAUUAUUCAUUUUUAAUAUUAUUUGGCUCUAAGUUUUUUCUGUUAUAAGCCAUAUACAGUAAAGGUUGAAAUAAAGUCAUUUUUUCAUGAAUGGGCAAUUUUGGAAAUAAAUCCGGAAAGAGGUUCAUUUUUAUUUUCAAAUUACGACUUUUUGGCAUAUUUAUCAUACUAGUGACGUCACCCAUCUAGGUGACGGGAUGAGAAUAGAGGUCGUGUGAUAGCUCAUUUGGAAGGUAAUUCAAUUCUCUAUUCAGUAAUAUAAACAUUAACAUCAUUAUUUAUACAUGGUAUCAAAAAAAAUGUUUUUUGAAUUAAAUUUAUUGACAUAAAAAGAAGAAUGUGUGUAAUUUAUUUAUGUCAAAAAACAUUUUACUGCUAUCAGAGAACAGGAAAAAAUGUUUAAUUGACAAAUAAAUAUUGUUUUUUGCUUAAAUUCAAUAUUAAAGCAGUUACCCACCUGCCUCUUGACAGUUUGAACAUUUAAUUUAAGCGAAAAGCCAUGAUUAUUUUUCAAAUAAACAUUUUUUCUCUUUUCUGAGAGCAGUAAAAUAUAUUUUGAAUGAAAUAACUUACAUACAUUCUUAUUUUUAUGUCAAUAAAUUUAAUUCAAAGAAAAAAUUUUUGGACACCCUGUAUAAAAAAUUAUAUUAAUGUUUAUAUUACUGAAUAAAGAAUUGAACUAUCUUUUAAAUGAGCUAUCACACGACCCCUAUUCUUAUUUAAAAAAAUCAUUGAUGACAUCACGCCCAGGUGGGUGACGUCACUAGUAUGAUAUAUAUGCCAAAAAGUCGUAACUUAAAAAUAAAAAUUGACCUGUUUCGGGAUUUUUUCCAAAAUCGUCUAUUCUCGAGAAAAUGAAUUUAUUCCAACCUUUAUUUUAUUUCCAAUAACAAAAUUUCUUUCUACAAGCUAUAUAAUAACUCUGGAUUGUAAUGUACUUAAAUAACUGAUAUAUCAAAUUGUUCCUCUGUAAUACUAACUUAACUGUAUGUGCAAUACCUUAUUUAUGACUGAAACUAUUGUUUUUAUUAGCCUUAAAAUGUACUUUUUAUUUUUAGGUUUUGAAAUUUAAAUGUAGCUUGAAAUGUACUUUUUAAAUUACGGGCAAAUUUUUUUCUGGGUAACGGUUAACACUAAUACUUAGCAGAAAUUACACAGCUCCUCAUAGGUUAGAAAUUCAUUUCUAACCAAUGACAAGCUGCAACGACACGGCACACCCAUCCAUCACGUGUCUCGAACUUAUCUUGGGAAAGAAUAUACAGGGUGUAACAAAAAUACAGGUCAUAAAUUAAAUCACAUUCUGGGACCAAAAAUAGUUCGAUUGAACCUAACUUACCUUAGUACAAAUAUGCACACAAAAAAAGAAUGUGUGUGUACUUUGUACGCACGUAAGAAGUUAUUCUUCUAUUAUAUAGGUAAUUUCAACGAAGUAAAUAUACUUAACUAUAAAACCUUAAUUCGACCAAUAACAUGCUAUGGCAGUGAAGUCUGGGUGCUGAAAGAAACAUCCAAAAACAAACUCGACACAUUCGAAAGGAAAGUACUUAGGAGAAUACUAGGACCUGUGAGGGAAAACGGAAUCUUCAGAAGUCGAUACAACAACGAGCUUUAUCAACUUUAUAAGGAAACGCCCCUGUCAGACUUCAUUAGAUUACAAAGACUGCAAUGGGCCGGACAUGUGAUAAGAAUGGGAGAGGAUAGGCUACCAAAACGAGCACUGAAUGCUAGAAUGCAAGGAAAGAGACCGGUUGGGAGCCACGAAAGCGCUGGGAAGACACAGUAAACAGCGACGCACAAGCCCUUUUAGGAGUCCGUGUAUGGAGAAGAGCAGCCACAGACAGGCAAGGGUGGAGGCAAAAAAUAAAGGAGGCCAAGGCUCAAUUUGGGCUGUAGUGUCGUAGAAGAAGAAGAAGAAAUAUACUUAACAGGUUAUUUGUAUUUUAUUUAAAUAUUAAACUAACUUUCUUAUCUACCACUUUCAAAAAAUUUUUAUUAAAACAACCAAAAAUAAAAAAAAUAUGAAUCCCCAGGAUUGGAACCCGCGACCUUCCGAUCUCGGAUCUAACGCAUUACCAACUACUCCAGCGAGGUCCUUGUAAUUGACACGUAAGUUUCGGAUAUAAUUACACAACACGGCGACAAAUAGACAGUGUAAAAAUGUUAUACCUACAUAAUAUUUUAUUAUUUUACUACAGAGGAACACAAAUCCAAAAACACAAGAAUUAUAAUAAAUAAUACAUUUACUAAAAACACUAAUAUAUUAUUUUAAUGACUCAUUUGCGCGGAUACAGAUACAUACAUACCUAUCUUGAAAGAUUAGCAAGGAACUACAUACUCUCUGUGUGCGCAGGCGCGCAGAUUUAUGAAAAAUUUUACUCUCAAUCGAAUCGCGCCUAAAGAAGAAUAACUUCAAAAAGUUACAGCCCUUUGAAGUUACAAAAUGAAAAUCGAUUUUUUCCAAUAUAUCGAAAACUAUUGGGGUAAGAACAGAACAAGUGGGUCGCGGUCGAUAUCCAUGUAAAACAAACACAUUGUAGUGAAUGGAAGAGAACAGAGCAGGUAAGUCGCGGUGGAGGUUUAGCGCGAUGCCAUCCAGGAGGUUUACAUCGAUGCUUUUGAAAAUAAAAUGAGUUUGUUUUACAUGGAUGUCUACUGCGGGCCUACAAGGAUGCUUCCUUGUGAUUGAUCCGUUCGAAGCCAAGUUGUCAUUACCUGCGCUAUCUGAGUUGAUACUUUUUAUAUAACCCCUUUUUUGUAUUCAGUUUAUUUUUGAAUUCCCAAAGUAAUUAAAUUCAGUAAAUUUUUGAAAUAUGGAGGAGGAUCUGAUUAUUUACAGCUGACAUUUCAUCACUAUCAUCACUUGACUGACACAUCAUCGCAAAAGCAGUCUUUUUGUCAUUCAAAUUUCAUUAAACUACUUCACUUGAUAGUCGUUCUAGCUCGACUGACAGCGCAGGUGACCUCCUUGCUAUGUGCUGUCGACAUCGACCGCGACUUAACUAGUAGCAUCCACCGCGACCUACACCUCCACCUCGACCCACUUGUUCUGUUCUUAAGAGAUUUUGUAAUGAAAAUGGACAUGUGGCAUUCUUAUGGAAGGAACAUCUUAAAAAGAAAUUAUAGUGCAAUUUGUGCAGUCCAUAAAAAUUUUAUAGGGGUUUUGUUCUCUUAAAGCCCCCCCCCCCCCAAACUUUUAUGUACGUUCCAAUUAAAUUAUUAUUGUGGUACCAUUAGUUAAACACAAUGUUUUUAAAACUUUUUUGCCUCUUAGUAAUUUUUCGAUAAAUCAGUUUUAAUCGAGAUGGGGCUUCUUUUCUAAUAUGUUUACAUAAAAAUUUUAUGGGGGUUUUGUGCCUUUAAAUCCCCCAAAUGUUUGUGUACGUUCCAAUUAAACUAUUAUUGCGGUAUCAUUAGUUAAGCAGAGUGUUUUUAAAACUUUUUUGCCUCUUAGUAUUUUUCCGAUAAGGCAUCUUUUAUCGAGAUGUGGCUUCUUUUCUGAUAUGGUUCAAAAUAUGCCUCAAACUGUAAUUAUUUAUAAAUAAAUUUUCAUAUUAUUACCAGGUCUGUAUAAUCGUACUUAAAUGUACAAAUAUGUGGUGGUGUCAUGAAUGCCACAUGUCCGCUUUCAAUAAGAAAUCACAAAAAGUUUUCGAUAUAUUGGAAAAAAUCGAUUUUUAUUUUGUAACUUCAAAGGGCUGUAACUUUUUUUAUGUGAACAUUUGUACUAAGAUAAGUUAGGUUCAAUCGAACUAUUUUUGGUCCCAGAAUAAUGAUUUCAUUUAUGACCUAUAUUUUUGUUACACCCUGUAGUGUAAAACACGUGUUGAAUGAAUGAAAACAAAAAUUUAUGGCAAUUGUAGCUCAACGAAAAUACUCUAUACACCUCCAAUAUCAUUAAUUAUAUCUCACGAUUAUGAAAUAUAUAAAAGACAGUUAUGAAAUAUGAGGAUUAAAAAUAAAUCUGAAAAAGACUGAGUACAUCUAUAUUGGAGAAUAACAAAGACACUUCAACUAAAUAGAGAGAUAUUGCAGAGUCACUUUUGAACUUGUAUCACAGCACGCGUUAUUUUGACAGUAGAGCAUGCGCAGUAAUAUUUUGCUUACGCUACGUUAUUGGAAAUACGGCCUGCUGUUAUUAGGGAAGCCGUUACGCUAUGCGGUAUUUGUUGCGCUAUUUUCUUUCUCAGGUUAUGUUUGUUGUUUGUCUUUCAUUUAAAAGUUUAUUUGUAAUAAUUUUUUAAAACGAGUACCUCAGACAGUAGCCAACGAACCCGAUUUACGUCUGAUGACGAUUUGUGUUUAUUAAAACAAAUUUUAAGUCAAAAUCAAUAGACCUAUCCAGAAAAUUUGACACGAUAUUUCAGGAAAACAUGAAGAGUUCAACACGAAAACCUUUUAUUAUAAGAAUAUUCAAGGAUCAUUUGUUUCUCUUGCUCGAUAUUCGAAGAAAAUCCAAACUUUCCUUCCAUCUAAAUCAAAUUCUUGAUUUUGUGCAUGUAAUAUAUGUUCAUUGUUCAUCUCACAGAAUUUUAUGCAAGAUUAUAAACGUGAUGUCUUCAUCAUUAGCAUUGGUCAAAAUGAGAGCUUCUAAGUCUUGAUCCAUUUUAAAUUGCAUACAAAUUAGAAAACCAAUUAAUCUUAAUCAAGCCGUAAAAAUACCGCAACCAAAAUGUUGAGCAAUAUCUGUAUUUAUGAAUCGCCUGAGAAAUGUCAGUUCUGUCAAAAUAGCGCAGCGUAAAUAGCGCAACGUAGGCUGUGUUAAAUUUGCAAUAUCUCUCUAAUAACGGACAACUGAUAAAACACUGCAUAGGUACAAUAGGGAACUUGCAUAAAAUUUUAAAUUCGAAAAAAAAUGGUAUAAAUCACAACAGAACAUAAUUUAGAACCUGCAUCAAAGAUAAAAAAGUUCUGUUUGUCUUUUGUUUGGCCCCUAAAGACGACUAAAAAUUCAACUUAUACCAGCCACCCCAAAACGCGUCGUGACGUCACGGGGUUGUAUGUUUACAUUUUACACCAAUUGUAUAUAUAAUUUUAAAUUAGACAUUAUAAACGUCAGUAAAAAAUACAGUUAUGUGACGUUAAAAGUGUUUUUGAUCGUUUGAACUAUUCAUAGAAAAUUUGUACUUUUACAAAAUGGUUUUAUUUUCAAUAGUAAACCUUCUUUCCUUUCCUUCAAAAACUGUAUCAAACUCCAAUCUCAACAAACUGGUAUAUAUUAUUACAACGACAUAUGAUAAAUGUCAUUAGAAUAUAAAAAUUUUUCCUUUAUUCCUCGACGACGAGCUGGCCAAAUACCCAAGUAGGUGGAGGCCAAUAAACUAAAGAAGAAGAAGAAUAUACGUAAAUAUAACCAUAAACGGAACCACAUAGUUAAACUGUGUGACGUCACGGGUCGUUUGAACUAUUUUAAGAUAAAGAAGACUUUUAAUUUGUACACUUCGCGUCAAAAAAAAACUGGUACAACUCUUAUAACCGAAAAUCGUGUUUUUCAAGUUGUGUAAGUUGAUCUUGUCGCAAGUGUCAUUCUAAUUUCUAGGGCAACGUUGCCAGUUUAACGAAAAUAUUAUAUCAAACUAGGUAAAAGCAGGGCUGUGCGACAGACCGCAUUUUUUAAUAUACUAAAAACUAAAACAAUUGUAAUUUUUCAUCAUCUCAAUUAAGUAUCCAUACAUUCAUUCGUGCUUUAUUAUAAUUUAUGAAAAUAUUUCAAUUCAAAAAUAAUUAUAGAUAAUAAAUCUUGACAUGACUUUAAAUUAUUAUGUUUAAUGUCAAAUCGAGAGGUGUGAUUGGUUUCUCGUAAAUUUUAGGACAAAACUGCAUUAAGUUGUAUAGAAUAAAUAAUACACACUGAAAAAAUUAAAAAUUUAAUUUGAAAUUAAUACACAAUGAAAAACUUUUACAGUGAACAAGUGUAGAAUUUAAAUAUAUGUAUUACAAUUAUUCGAAAUAUACAUUUUAAACGUUAUUUUUUGUAUUUAGAUUUAGUGCAAUUCCGUUAUCUGUGAUGGCAACAACGAAGUGAUUCACGAACAAUAAUUGUCACUCUGAAUACAGGUUUACAUUGGGAAAAAAAAAGUGUACCAGUUUUAUAUGACGCGAAGUGUACUUCUAAGUUAUUAUGAGUUUUUGAAGCGUGAAAUUUUGGAAAUCUCAUUUUUAUACAAAACUGAACAUUAUUAUGUAAUAGAAAAAAAUGUGUAAGUUCCCUAUUGCUUAUGCAUAAGAUACACAUUACAGGUAAUUGAAUAAGACAAUAAUCUAUAAGAUUUUAUUUAUAAAAGUUAUUAACAUUUAUCUACCAAUGUGAUCAUUCAUCAGUCAAAAGACACGAGAACGAAAUAUAAAAGAAAUUUUUUUUUCAGUGAAAAAGUUUUUCAAGUUUUUUACUGAAAUGGACUGUUGGAGAAAUGCAGCAGGAAGGACAAGGGUAGAGAAAAACUCUCUAAUAUUAAAUAUCAAAACAAAUUAUAUAAGUAAUUAUAUACAGUGAUGAGCGCGCUAAUAACCGGCAAAAUAUUAUUUUUCUCAUGAGCAUCUUUCAGUGCGUCACAGUUUUUCGAUUUCUUUCUAACGCAUUAAAUUGUAUGUGACAGAAAAAAGGCACGUCAGUGAUUACAGACAUUUAUAACAUUUAUUCUAGUUGUCGAUAGAUAUCGCUAUAAUCGAAAAAAGUUAUUUACGAAUUAUAUGAUAUAUCUACGAAUAUAAUCUGUACAAUUUAUAAGACACAAUUGAUUUGUUUUUAUGCCAAAUUGCAAAUAAAAUGUGACAACUGUCAGAUUUAGCUAAAAUGCCAUGUUAGAAUAAAUGUUAUAAAUGUGUAUUAUCACGGACUUACCUUUUUUUCUAUCAUUUGUGACCCACUGAAAAAUGCUCUUGGAAAGAACCAUAGCAUAAAAGAUGGAAAAAGUAUUAAGUUGUGAGAUAAAAAGAAAUGGAACUAGUCGAGCUGAGACAUUUAGUUUAGCGAUAUUAACCUAAAAAUUUACAUUAUAUUGAUCUUAUAUUGAUUGUUUCCCACCUUUAGACGUAUCGGAUGUGUUUAGCAACUGCCACUGUCACAGUGACAGUUUUAGUUGACAUACUCCUCUCAUACGUUUAAAGGUGGGAAACAAUCAAUAUAAUGUAAAUUUUUAUAUGUUAAUAUCGCUAAAUUUACCAGCUCGACUGGCUUCAUUUCUUUUUAUCUCACAACUUAAUACGGUUUCCAUCUUUUGCGCUAUUUUGCCGGUUAUUAAUGUAACAACCUGUAAGAUCCGAUAACGUAUAAAAAAUGUGAAACACAAGGAUACCAAAACAAGUUAUUGUUUUAAUUCUUAAACAAGAAGACGCGGAAGGUUCAGAAGUUGAAUAUGUGGAAUAGGCGAAGAAAAAAGAAGGGGAUCUGGAAAAUACCGAUUUGAAUGGCAGGAGAUGAAUGCCGAUCAAGAAUCAUAAGAGGUCGAACGUUGUAGAAGUAAAUAAACACUAUAUUUCUACGGUAUCGAAAAUAUUCUGCAGAGGUCACAAAGAUUGAUCUCUUGCUUACACGUCUCUAGAGCGAAUUAAGAAAAAAGACUUGUGAAAUAUUUAGUUCAAACAAAUAAUGCAUAAGACAUGAUACAUUAUUAAACAUUACUUUUAUAUAGGUAUUUUUUACCUGACUAAUAAAUGACGUUUCUAUGUCAGUUGAAUAGAAAGUUCGUAUUUGCCUACUUUACUGUUGUGAGUCAUUAUAUUUGAAAUAUGGAUUUAAUUAAUUAGACAACAUUAGUAUGCAUUUUUCUUAAUGCAAAUAAGAUUCUGUACAUGUUAAGCAAUCGGUUUAGGCAGUAUGGACAUUUACCUUGGGGGGGGGGACUUCCAAUGAAACACCAACCAAAAGACAUAAAAAAGACAAAUGCAAACUACAUAAAAGACAUAAAUAAUAACUUAAAUACAUUCAGUUACCUUCAUUUUACUAACUAGCGGGUUUAUUGUGUUGAAUUUUUCUGUCUGUGGUUGUUUCAUGUCAUAGUAUAUUUUUAUCAAUUUUUUUUUCUUUAAUUUGGGAGAGGAGAUUUUUUCAUUUUCUCUCCCCGUGUAUCCGCCACUGGGUUUAGGUGAGCUACUUUAGAAUUGUUUUGGGGAAAUUAGUUUCAUGGAAUCAAAAACAAAAAAGAUUUAUUAUUGGAUAAAAUUGUUACAAUUUUUGUAAUUGAUGUGAUGUAAACAGCAGUACAGGUCUCAAAUAUUAAGAUUUUUUUUUUAAUUCCAAUGAUACUAACUAAAGUUUAUUUUAUAAAUAAAACACUAAUAACCGCUGUUUAAUGCUCAUACAAUUUAAUAUCACAUCAGAUCCACUGAUAAAUGAAAUUUAAAAAAUGUAGUGUUUGACUUUUUGACACAUUUUUGAUUAUUUUUUACCAGUUAAUUAAAAAUUGCAUUUUUAGGUAUAUAAAUUUAAGAAUAUGAGAAUACAUUGAUAACAAGUUGCCAGUUAAAAAGUGGCCGCAAAUAAUUUAAUUAAAUUAAUACAUAGUAACUCAUUUUUGAAAAAAAAUCGUUCAUGACGUAGAUGCAUGUUUUUUUAUAGCAAGGUUGCCUGUGAAAAAUGGCCGCAAAUUAGAGUUGCCAUCGAAAGAAAGCUAACGCGCAACGCCACUAGUUUGGCGAUGGUUGAUGGCGAAUGCGAGUUGUCAAAGCAGUCAUCUUAUCAAACCAGUGGCGUUGCGCGUAACUUUAUUUUACUUUAUCUUUAAUACCUUGCCUUUUAAACAGUUGGCAACUCUAAGUUGCGCCAUUUUUCACGGGCAACUCUAUAUUAUCGUAUUAUGAUGAGAAUUUACAUAAUACUUUCUGCAUUCUUUGCAUUUAGUUGAUUAUUAUACUGCUAAUAUUAAGUGCUCAUUAUUGAAUUUAUUAUAUUAACGAAUAAAUUUUCAGUGUUUUAUUUAUAAUUUGAAAUAUUUAGUUUUUUGUACCUGUGAAAUAUAUCGCCGCCGCCUACGAACUCCGAAAAAUGCCGUUAAGAGUAGAACUUUAAUGAACGCCGCGAAAAAUAUUAUUUUCGAUUAUAUGAUUGUGAAAAUUAUAAUCCCUAAUAAAGUGUUAGCGAAAAAAUUAAUUUUUUGAGGAGUACCAGCAAAAAACAUCAUUUCUGUUUGUGGGUCCACGAAAAUUAUAAUUACUAAAAAGUUCUCAGAAAUAAUUGUUUUCGUCGGCAGAAACAGAAAGGGAAAUAAUUGUCGACAUCUAUUAUGAACUCAAUCUUUUCGUUAUAAAUAUUUUGGGAGUUAUAAUCUUCGCGGACACGCAUAUAAAAAACAAUUGUAUCUCCAACACUUAUCAAAGAGUUAUUAUUUUCACUGGAAAUGUAUUAGGAAUCACAUUAAUCAUAGGUACCUGCGAUAUAUAGAUCUUUUAUUUGUAAUUUUAUUCACCACAUUGAACAAUUGUUGUUUUUGUUAAGAAUAAGUCUAACUAUAUUUUUAUAUACAAAACUAUAAAUGUUAUAAAAUAACACAUAUUUUCUAUGACAAUAUUUUCCUACUUAUUUAGUAACAUUUUAAUAAAUGAUAUAUGAAUACUUAAUUUUUAUAUAUAUUUAGAAAAUAAUUUUAUAAUCUGCAUGUAAAAUGAAUUCUUUUUACUUUUAAUAAAAGCUACCCGUAUGGAAGCGUUAAACAACGUUAUUUUAAAAAAAUCGUAAUAUUUGUGUUCAUUAAAUUUUCUUGUAUAUGUACUACAAACGCAAAUUAUGGUGAAGGUUCAUCGGACAACUUUUAAGAGUUAACACUAACUAACUUAAAUAAUCACUUUAAGUUAACACUAUCUAGCACUUAAGUGGCGUACACACAGCAGGUACGCCACUGAAUGAAUGCUAAGAUUCAAAUCGUUUCACCGCUUUUUCCGGUGGGAUGAGUCCGGUGAUGCACGAGAAAAAUACGUCAGUGCUAUCAACUGCAACCUCAUGAUAAUUGGCGUUUGCUAUAUCAGUAAAACAUUCAGUCAAAUAUAAAUCGAUUGGCAAGAAAUUCUAAGAAAUUAUUUAUUAAGCAAACAUUUUUUAAGCGAUAAGAAUAAUUUUUCUUUUAGGUUUUCCUCGCUGGUCGAUUUGGUUUUCAUUGUAUUUCGUUUUAAUUGUGUAUACAGAGAAGUAUAUACCACAUGAUACAAAAUAAAACAUUACUUAUUUUACACUUAACUUUGUUAAAUUGUUGAAAACAAAAAUAAUUCAUUUUGUUGCAGAUUUUUUAUUUGGAAUAUGUUAUUUAAUGUUAUUUAAAAAAAAAAUAAAAAAUCACGAAAACUACCAUCUA